AGAUCGAAUAAUUGAUAGAUUGAUUAAUCCUCUUUGUGGCUCGAAUCCAAUCGUGGAAUCGAUUCGAUUACUAUUUUAUUGCAACACACUCAGUUUUUUUGCACUCAAUUUUUCAACGAGAUAAGAUAAGAUUAUUUUUGUGGAUUCUAGAAAAAAUAUUAGAUUGCAAAAAUUGAAAAAAUUUAAUCACGAGAUUAAGAAAAGAUACAACUUUUUUUACAGUUUUUAACGAUACAAUUAUUUAUAAACGUUUAUUAAUCGCGCGGUAGAUGCUUAAAGAGCCGCCUCUUUAUUUGAUACGGGUGAAGUAUUUAGAUCGAGAACAAAGGUUAAUUGAAAGUUUUCAAAUACUUGGACGAAAUCGUUGUGUAUCGAGCUCGUUCACAUCGAGAGCAUAUUCUCGACUUGCAAAGUUGGUGAAUGCAGAGUUCACAUUGAAGAAAUAACUAAAGGCGAUUGAAAAGUCGGCGUUACAAUAUGUUUUCAAAGAUUUUUCUUCCAACAGUUGAUGACAGUUGCGAGUGGUCGACGCUCAAAACGAUACGCGAGCCACUGAGGGGAUCCUUUGCCCGGGGAAGCGGACGAGAAGUGGUAAGCAAGAAGAUGAGAGUCCGUGAAAGUUGAAGUAAAAACCUACACAACGAAUAGCAACAGUCUGCCUCGUCCAUUGCGACCAGCCACAUAUCUCACGUUAAGAUGACAUAGAAUGGGUUGGGUGGCGCUAGGGCGGUGUGCGGGUGGUGGCGGCCGCCUCUCGUCCGUCCUCUCGCUGUCUCUCACCUCCCUCGCAAGCUCCCUCAUCUUCACCAUCCUCUGUAUCCUCACACUUGCCCUCACUCUUGUCACUCUCGUGCGUGCCGAGGACAUCUUCGAGGACGGCAAGUCGGACAAGGAGAUCCUGGACAACCUGCUGCUGUCGACCCGUUACGACAAGCGGCUUCUACCCCCGGUCCAAGGUACACUGAGGCCCCCGCCCCACACCCGCCAAGACGACUACACCCCUGACCACCUCGUACCCAAUGACCCUCAUCAUCCAGAGCACCUCGAACACCACCGGCACCGCUACCACCAUACAGCACCACACAACCACAGCUCACUGCUCACCCCUCGUCAAAAGGAUGCGGAUUUCUGCUGCGGAAUGCGAUGGCCUGGUGACGCCACCGGCCUGUCGAACCGGUCGUCGACCUCCUCUAACGACCCCAAGAACCAGUACAAGAACCAGAACAAUAACCACUACACGUCGCACCAACACCUUCGCACCCACCUUCGCGGAACCUUGACCGUGAACGUGAGCGUGCUGUUGCUAAGUUUGGCUUCCCCAGACGAGUCCAGUUUGAAAUACGAGGUGGAGUUCUUGCUGCAACAACAAUGGUACGACCCGCGAUUACGAUAUAGCAACCGGUCGCAAUAUGAAUUCUUGAACGCGAUUCAUCAUUACGAUGAUAUCUGGUUGCCGGACACGUACUUCAUAAUGCACGGAGACUUCAAGGACCCGCUCAUACCUGUUCACUUUGCCCUACGUAUAUAUCGCAACGGCACGGUCAACUAUCUUAUGAGGCGUCAUCUCAUCCUGUCCUGCCAGGGUAGACUCAAUAUCUUCCCCUUCGAUGACCCACUGUGUUCAUUUGCGAUCGAGAGCAUAUCGUACGAACAAACGGCGAUCACGUACGUGUGGAAGAAUGACGAGGGUACGUUGCGGAAGAGUCCUAGUCUAACGUCGUUGAACGCAUACCUCAUUAAGAACCAGACAAUCACGUGUCCGAUCAAAGUAAGCUGGAGAGCUGAGGGACAGAUCAUGGUCGACUACGAGGACGAGUUCGAUGAGUUUGGGGACUCAAAGUGUUCGCUGUGCCAGCGCAGAUUUGAGGAGCAAGGUAACUACAGCUGCCUGAAGGUGGAUCUGAUUUUUACACGAGAUCGUGCCUUCUACUUCACAACAGUCUUCAUCCCGGGUAUUAUUUUGGUGACCAGCUCGUUCAUUACCUUCUGGCUUGAGUGGAAUGCGGUACCGGCGCGAGUAAUGAUCGGUGUGACGACGAUGCUCAACUUCUUCACGACAUCGAACGGUUUCCGCUCUACGCUGCCCGUCGUGUCAAAUUUAACUGCCAUGAACGUGUGGGACGGCGUGUGUAUGUGCUUCAUCUACGCCAGUUUGCUCGAAUUCGUUUGCGUGAAUUACGUUGGCCGUAAACGGCCGAUGCACAAUGUCGUCUAUCGCCCCGGGGAGAAUCCUGUCACCCAGCGGCUCCCAGCGGUGCUCAGCAGGAUAGGGAUAAUAUUGGCCAGCCCCUUGACCCUGUCGCAGGGUAAAAAGAAGCGAGAGGGCGGUCCACCGACCGGAGCCACGACAGGGCCGAACGAGAUCGUAACCUGCACCAAUUGUGGGCCCAACCCUUGCACGCACACAACAACCAAUGGAUGCACAGCCGAGCUGAGAAAAAAGGAACCGCCGCAUCCUAUAAGAGUGGCGAAGACGAUCGACGUGAUAGCAAGAAUCACCUUCCCGGUCGCCUACUUCAUGUUCCUCACCUUUUUCUUCAUCCACUACAAAGGCACUUCGUAGACCGACACCGAGGAGGCAAACGGGGAUCCAACCGUUCAUCAUCGAGACACGUGUUUCCCUUUCUCACGUGACGGCGACUUUAUUUCGAUACAAUUUCGAGUUAAUUAACGGGGGAGGAGAGAGCGGGGCAAGCAAGUUGGAGAAGUGGUUGCAAAAGUGUUCUUGUCUCCGCUCGAAGAAAAAGAAAAAAAAAAAAGUACGAAUCUGAAACAUUGUCGGGAGAGAGAGAAAAGAAAGGAAAGAAAAGGGGGGAAAAAAGGGAAGAAAGUGUUUCGAAAAAUCGAUAUUUAAGUUGAUAUCGUGCUAGGUGACGUUUCGUGGGAAAAAAAAUAAAAAAGUAUACACCGAUAGAACACGUAAAAGAUCGGCUUAAAAGAGCGAAGGAUCGUGUAUUAGCUCGUCUUUUCUUUGGAAGGAAGAGGAGAAAAAAAAACAAAAAGAAAACGAAGAGCAGAGAAACACUCGAAUUGAUGGAGACACUCGCCUCUUCCUCAUCUUUUUCUCACAUGUGAUAAUUCUUCUUAAAAGCACUCUCUUUAUCGAAAAAAAAAAAAAAAGCUUAAGUCCGACGAAUAAUAAUCGACAAAAGGCAUACAGACGAUAGUGAUAGAGAGCAAGAGAGAGAGAGAGAGAGAGAGAGAGAACGGAUGUGCAUGCAUGUGCGCGCAUAUGUUGAGCGUGAAUGAGAGGGAGAGAUAGAGAGGGAGAGAUAGAGAGAGAGAGAAAGAGAGAGAGAGAACGAAGAACGUGAUUUUUACGAUAUUUUCUUCUACUUAUCGGAUAAUGACGUCACUAAUUCGAGGAUGCUUUUGAAAACUAGCUGAAAAGAAAAGAAAAGAAAAGAAAAAAAAAGAAAAAAAAAAAAAAAGAAAUCAAAUUUACUUAUUAACUUAAGGAAUGUUAUUAUACUUGUAAUCUCACUAUAUAAAUAGGUAAGGUCGAUGUAAGUGUCGUCCAUGAAAUCGCUAACUCGUGAUUCGCCUUUUACUUAAAUAUCGACCUUUUUUCUGUACUUUAUCGAUUACGAUACCGUGGCAAAAAUCAACCGUGAUUGCAAGUUAGUCUCUAUAUUCGUAGACCUUUAAAAAGGAGGAAAAAAAAAAAAGACGUUCGCUUUCAAUUAAGGGAGCAGGGCUGUAAAGCGUAAAUACAAUUCCGUUGUACAAAAAACACGAACACACACACACACACACACAUACACAAAUCACGCUGUACAACACACAAACAUACGCAUACGCAUACACAUAUACACACAUACGUACAUAAAUAUGGUUAAUCAAUCGUCGUUUCAUCGAAGCUUUUCACAGUAGAUAACGCGUGCAUAUCCGUGUACGUACAAAUACAUACGUACGAUAUGUAUCUUUUUUCAAUCAUUCAGGGUAGCUUUCGCGUAAAUAGCUUUUACGAUUUAUAUUCUACGAUGUAAUGCGUAAUUCACGAAAAGUGAGAGAAAAAAAAAAAACGGUUCGACUUGAGAGAAAAAAAAAAAAAAAGGAAAGGAAAGGAAAGAAAAGAAAAGAAAAAAAAGCAAAGUUAGUUGCAAAAGAUGUAUAGAAAAUUCGAGUCGAUCCAUUGUACAAAGGAUAUAAAAUUGAUAUUGAUAUCCCUCGAUAUUUUUCUUCUUUUUUUUUUUCUUUUUCUUUUUCUUUUUUUUUUUUUUUUUUAUUUCCUCUCAUUUCAGAUGAUGAAAUUCGGAUAUUCAGACGAAUAAAAUAUAAUAAUCAAAUUGGUCGAAUCAAAAUCAACGAUGAAACGAAAUGAUAAAAGUAGAAUAAAAGUAGAGAAAGAAAGGAAAAAAAUAUAGAACGUGAUUCCAGAUAUUAACGUUUAAUUAAUGAAUUCUGGCUACAUUUUUCUGUAUCGAUUACUGUUAUUGUUAUUGUUAUUGUUAUUAUUAUUAUCAUUAUUAUUAUUAUUAUUAUUAUUAAUAUUAUUAUUAUUAUUAUUGUUAUUAUUAUUAUUAUUAUUAUUAUUGUCAUCGUCGUUAUCAUCGUCAUCACCAUCGUCAUCAUCUCGAUUAUUAACUAUUAAUAUUACUAUUGUUAUAUCAUUAAAGAAUAACUAUUACUACCACUAUUAUUAAAAUAACUGCUACUACCGUAAUUACUGUAAAAUUAUCGCUAUUUGUAAACGUAUAUUCUUAUUACGAACUUUUGGUGAGAUUACAUCGAGCGAGGAAAUAUACAUAAAAACCGACUUCGAAUCGAACGUGCCACUUCAAUUCUUCAGCAAUAUCGAAUAAUCGCGAGAGGAAGGAGGGAAAAAGGAAAAAGGAAAAAAAAAAAAAAUAUUCCAUCGUUUGUCGCGCUUUCACGGAAUUUAUCGAAUCGAGUUCGCGUGUUUCGCGGUAAAUUCGCGAGUCAAAUCGUUGAAGAAGAAAAUUUUCUUCGAGCGAAGGAUUAUAAAGGAAGAAAUCUUACGAUUUCACCAGGCUCAAACUUGAAUAUAGAAAAACUUAUGCACUGAAGAGAGAAAAAAAAAGAGGGAAACACACAGAACACACACACACACACACACACGCGUGCGCGCGGCAAGAAACGUGUAUCACAUGUUUAGAAUAAUCAGAAUCAAUUCUGUAUAAUUAUAUCGAACGCAUUAUCUCACCUUGACCCUGUUUCAAAUUUUCUCAUUUUUCACAUUACACACACACACACACACACAUACACAUACACACACACGUGCGCACGCACAAAUACAGAACCUUGAGACAACCGUCGGUUAUUUGACGAUUAAAGAUUAACAGUGGAAAAAGGGAGGGAAAAAAAAGAAUAAACAACUGGUUUUUCAGGAAAAAAAAUGAGAAAAACGUGAUUUUACAGCGACAACACUGUGCGAACGAUGUAAUUGUAAACCGCAUCGCUAUAUUUAUUAUAAAUAACGAUAAAUUAGGAUCGUAGAUGUUAAUCAUACGGAUGCUGUACACGGCCAACAAUCGAAAAAUAAGCUUCUCUUGUUAUUAUGGCGCCGAUAUAAAGGAUAUUCGAAUAAAGUAAGACGAAUAAACGCGUAAUCGACACAACGAAUAUAAUUGCAUGGAGGCGGAGUUUGCCUUGGUCGAACGAUUCGAUUCGUCUAAAAUAUAUAUAUAUAUAUAUAUAUAUAUAUUUUGUCGAAGAGCGAAAGUAUAUAGCUCUAUCCAAACUCGGUGAAUUUUUUUUUUAGCCUGAAAGCUAUAAGCAAUAGAGAAACAAUAAAAGAAGAAAAAAAGGGGAGAGAGAGAGAGAGAGAGAGAGAGAGAGAGAGAGAGAGAGAGAGAGAGAGAGAGAGAGAGAGAAUGUUGGAAAAGUUUGCCGAGGUUGGUGACGAUGAAAAAGGGAUGAUCGUUGACUUUAAGUACCUAUUGCUAUAUUUUAUACGCAAUUGUCAUCCGCGAUGAAUCAACAAGCAACAAGUUUAAAUGAUAGGACGCGUUUGAUGAAUAAAUUAAUUAAUGUCGUUAAUGUUUAAUACAUCACGGACCAAAAAACACGUAAUCCUAAAUCUUUAUAAUUAGCCGCACUUACGCUAUGCCUCUUUCGAGAAUGCAUAGAAUUAACAUUCACUCUUCGUUUCACAACAACGUUUUCUUAUUGAAUUGUAAUAACUAAUCUAAACGUGUAUAAUAAUUGAAAAGGAGGAUCGUGUUCGUCGAGUAUUCUUAUUUAAUAUUAAAAUUACUAUUACUAUUAUCGUAUAUAAAUAGUUCUAAUUUCUUAUUAUACGUACGUACAAUAUAUCGACAUUUGACAUUCCUAUACGUAACGGAUUAUCUAUUAUCUCUUUAAAAUAUAUAAAUAUAUCGUUAAAUACGAACGAUUCGCAAUUCAAGUCGAGUCUAUUUUUCCGCGAGAAUUUAUUUUUUCAAAUUGCAUAUAUUUAUAUCCACGCAUGUUCGAUCCUGCAUAUCAUCGGUCGACGAUGCUGGUUAAGACAGUAUUAAAAACCUUGUUACAGGGGAAUCGGUGAGACGAAGGGUGAAUAUCAUAGUCAAAUAUCGCAAAACAUUUUGAGCUUCGUCGUCGUUGUCGUCGACAAAUUUUUUUAGGUUAAUUCUCUAAAAAAAAGAAACACCAAUAAAAACUAUAUAAAAUUGCCGAUAAACAAUUUCAAUCCUUUUCAAGAGUUUUAGAACAGCUUUCAUUCUGCUCGAUUUUUAAUAUGCAUCAUUAAAGCGUCAAAAGUCUGUCUAAUACAGUGGUUCUCACCUUCUUCGGAUCGUGGAUCCACGAUUAACUCUUAUUUAUUUUCAAUGUAAUUACAUUCUUCCUUUUGCUCUCGAGCUUAUCCAUGGAGCAGAUUGAUAAUUUUUCUUCGCUUUCCUUACCUUGUGUAGGAAAGGAAGGAUCUUAACUUAUCUGAACGUUACAAAAGGAGAGUUUGUAAAUCGAAAAAGGUUGAAAAACACUGGACGAAUCUAUUUAAAUCCUCGUACUCUCGUAAAUGAUAAUUUGAUCUUACUUGAAAAACUUGUUAAUCGAGAUAGAUAUUAAUCGAUCUUAUUUUCUAAGACGAAUAAUUGGAAGAUGUUAAAGCAAAAAGAAGGUUUAUAUAUUAUACAUACCAAGACUUAAAAUAAUUCAAGGCAGAAAGUAUUUUCAUUCUGUGUUUCGCAUCGAAACUUUUUUAUGCUAAUCGUUAUCGAGAAAUGAUUCGUUAUACAUACAUACGUAUAUAAAUAUAUGGCUUCUCGCGUUAACGAAGUUUAAACUAAGCAAAUUAGCACAUUUUUCAUAAUAAUGAAGAAAAAAAAAAUCAUCUCUGUCUGUUUAUAAAAUUAUACGUUAAUUAUAAUACGUUUAUUAUAACUCUGAUACUUCGUUGAUGUCUAUUUUAUAAAAAAAAAAAAAAAAAAAAAAAAAAACGCUGAAAAUAAUUCUUUUCUUUUCUAUAAAAUUUGAAUGUCUUUAUCGUUACCAAUUUGUGGUAACCAAUAUGUGAUUUCACUCAACUCGUGUCUUUCGAAAUCAUCAUUUUUGUUUCGUUUUAAAACGAUGUAUUUGAUUACGCUUAUUAUUCCUUCUCGUCUAAGGGAAGAGAAAACGAGAGAUAAAGUAAUUCAGAGUGCCAUUGAAAUAUCGUGGAACACUAUCGUGGUACUGAAUAUGAUGAACAAUUUUGGAAAAAAAAAAUGAUAUAAUGGGAAAAUGACGAUUCAAAAAUGAUGGUGAUUUUUUAUUGGGGAGGGGGGAUAGGAUAG